AUGUUUAGCAAACUAAAAAGAAAUAAGAAUGAACUACAGUUUGAGAGACUGACUCGAGAGCUUGAGGCUGAGCGUCAGAUCGUAGCGAGCCAACUGGAGCGAUGUAAACUUGGAUCAGAAACUGGAAGCAUGAGCAGCAUUAGUUCAACAGAAGAGCAGUUUCACUGGCAAACACAAGAUGGUCAGAAGGAUAUAGAAGAUGAGCUUACUACAGGUCUGGAGCUGGUGGACUCCUGUAUUAGAUCACUGCAAGAAUCAGGGAUACUUGAUCCACAGGACUAUUCAGCCAGUGAAAGGCCCAGCCUCCUCUCGCAGAGUGCUCUGCAGCUCAACACCAAGCCCGAGGGCUCCUUCCAGUACUCGGCCAGCUACCACAGCAACCAGACCCUUGCCCUGGGUGAGACGGCAGCCGCCCCACUCCCAGCCCGCAGCACUCAACCCAGGGGUGCCAUCCAGAGCUACAGCCAGGGCCCGGGGGGCCGCGGCGCCCAGCCGGGCGGCACGGAGCCGCCGCCGCCCGCCGCCCCGCAGCCGCGGGAGCCCUUCGCGCCCAGCCAUGGCAGCGCCUUCCACCUGCCCGAGCCCCAGCACGCCGCCGCGCUCUACUACGCCAGCUCCACGCUGCCGGCGCAGCGGGUGAGCUCCCCGCUGCCCAUGCAGCCCGGCGGCUCCCCCACCAAGCUGCCGCGGGCCGGCUCCGCCGCCGAGGGCGCCGCCUACGCCGGCGCGCAGCGCCUCUCCUCCCCGAAGCAGUCCCCCAGCCGCCUGGCCAAGUCCUACAGCACCAGCUCGCCCAUCAACAUCGUCGUCUCCUCGGCGGGACUGUCGCCGUCCCCCAUCCGAGUGACCUCCCCGCCCACCGUCCAGUCUAACAUUUCCUCCUCUCCUAUCCACCAGUUAAGCUCCACCAUCGGCACUUACGCCACUCUGUCGCCCACCAAGCGGCUGGUUCACGCUGCCGAGCAGUACAGCAAGCAUUCCCAGGAGCUGUACGCCACCGCCACCCUGCAGAGGCCCGGCUCCCUCGCAGCUGGGUCUCGGGCAUCUUACAGCAGCCAGCACAGCCACCUUGGCUCCGAGUUAAGGGCACUGCAGUCUCCAGAACAUCAUAUAGAUCCUAUUUACGAAGACAGAGUUUAUCAGAAGCCCCCUAUGAGGAGUCUCAGCCAGAGUCAGGGGGACCCUCUGCAACCAGCACACACAGGCACAUAUCGCACUAGUACAGCCCCAUCUUCCCCUGGUGUCGACUCCGUACCCUUACAGCGCACAGGCAGUCAACACGGCACACAGAACGCAACCGCGACCUUCCAGAGGGCCAGCUAUGCUGCAGGCCCAGCCUCCAAUUACGCAGACCCCUACCGACAGCUGCAGUAUUGUCCUUCUGUUGAAUCACCAUACAGCAAAUCUGGGCCAGCCAUCCCACCUGAGGGGACCUUGGCUAGGUCACCUUCCAUUGAUAGCAUUCAGAAAGAUCCCAGAGAGUUUGGAUGGCGAGAUCCAGAGCUUCCAGAAGUUAUCCAGAUGUUACAGCAUCAAUUUCCGUCAGUACAGUCCAAUGCUGCAGCCUACUUACAGCACCUCUGUUUUGGAGACAAUAAAAUAAAAGCAGAGAUAAGAAGACAAGGCGGAAUACAAUUACUGGUGGACCUAUUGGACCAUCGGAUGACUGAAGUCCACCGUAGUGCCUGUGGAGCUUUGAGAAAUUUGGUGUAUGGGAAGGCAAAUGAUGACAACAAAAUAGCUCUGAAAAACUGUGGUGGUAUUCCAGCUUUAGUACGGUUACUUCGCAAGACUACAGAUUUGGAAAUCAGAGAACUGGUCACAGGAGUUCUCUGGAAUCUCUCUUCCUGUGAUGCACUGAAAAUGCCAAUCAUCCAGGAUGCCCUCGCAGUGUUGACCAAUGCAGUGAUCAUUCCUCACUCUGGAUGGGAAAACUCUCCGCUCCAGGAUGAUCAUAAAAUACAACUUCAUUCAUCACAGGUGCUGCGCAAUGCCACUGGGUGCCUAAGGAAUGUCAGCUCUGCUGGAGAGGAGGCCCGCAGAAGGAUGAGAGAGUGUGAUGGCCUGACGGAUGCAUUGCUGUACGUGAUCCAGUCUGCUCUGGGGAGCAGUGAAAUUGAUAGUAAGACCGUUGAAAACUGUGUGUGCAUUUUGAGGAACCUCUCAUACAGGCUAGCUGCAGAAACAUCUCAGGGACAGCAGAUGGGAACAGAUGAACUUGAUGGAUUACUCUGUGGUGAUGCCAAUGGAAAAGAUGCAGAGAGUUCAGGAUGCUGGGGGAAGAAAAAGAAGAAAAAGAAAUCACAAGAUCAGUGGGAUGGAGUAGGACCUCUCCCAGACUGUGCAGAACCACCCAAAGGAAUCCAGAUGCUGUGGCACCCUUCAAUAGUCAAACCCUACCUCACACUUCUUUCUGAGUGCUCAAAUCCAGACACGCUGGAGGGGGCAGCAGGGGCACUGCAGAAUUUGGCUGCUGGGAGUUGGAAGUGGUCAGUGUAUAUCCGUGCUGCUGUCCGCAAAGAAAAAGGACUGCCAAUCCUGGUAGAACUGCUUCGAAUAGACAAUGACCGGGUGGUAUGUGCAGUUGCUACAGCUUUACGAAACAUGGCCUUAGAUGUCAGAAAUAAGGAGUUAAUAGGCAAAUAUGCCAUGAGGGAUCUGGUCCACCGACUGCCAGGCGCUAACAACAGCAACAGCUCAGCAAGCAAGGCCAUGUCUGAUGACACCGUUACUGCCAUUUGCUGCACGCUGCAUGAAGUCAUCACUAAAAACAUGGAGAAUGCCAAGGCCUUACGAGACGCAGGCGGCAUUGAGAAACUGGUUGGCAUAUCUAAGAGUAAAGGAGACAAGCAUUCGCCAAAAGUGGUGAAAGCAGCAUCUCAGGUCCUCAAUAGUAUGUGGCAGUACAGAGACCUGAGAAGUCUCUACAAGAAGGACGGAUGGUCACAGUAUCACUUUGUAGCUUCAUCUUCAACGAUAGAAAGAGAUCGGCAAAGACCGUACUCUUCAUCACGCACGCCCUCCAUCUCUCCCGUGCGCAUGUCUCCUAACAACCGCUCAGCAAGUGCCCCAGCCUCACCUCGGGAAAUGAUCAGCCUAAAAGAAAGGAAAACAGACUAUGAAUCAACUGGAACAAAUGCCACUUACCAUGGAAGUAAGGGAGAACACACUUCUAGGAAAGACACCAUGACAGCUCAGAACACUGGAAUCUCAACUUUGUACAGAAAUUCUUAUGGUGCACCUGCUGAAGAUAUCAAACAUAACCAGGUUUCAACACAGCCAGUUCCACAGGAGCCCAGCAGAAAAGAUUACGAACCAUAUCAGCCGUUUCAGAAUUCAACCAGAAACUAUGAUGAGUCCUUCUUUGAGGACCAAGUGCAUCAUCGUCCACCUGCAAGUGAAUACAACAUGCACCUGGGACUAAAGUCAACUGGCAACUACGUCGACUUCUAUUCAGCUGCUCGUCCCUAUAGUGAACUUAACUAUGAAACAAGCCACUAUCCAGCCUCUCCCGACUCCUGGGUUUGAGACUUGGGCAGAUAGAAAAGCUCCAGGAACUGUGCAUGUGCAUGCAUACCACAAGACAUUUUUUUCCUGCAAAUUUAGUUUGUUAAAGCCUGUUCCAUAGGAAGGCCCAGAUAACCAGUGUGGAAAAAAUUAAGAGAUUUUUUUAGAAGGCUAAAAGAAAUGAAAGCUAAACAACCUUGGAGUAAUUAGAAAGAAAUAUAUAUACUAUAUAUAUAUUUUACAGUGUAGGACAACUUUAGUGUUGGCCAGUAGAGUCUUAAGUUCGUUGCUGUGUAUUGAAUGUGGCUGAAAGAAGGAGGGAGAUUAUGACAGUGGAUGUGGGUCAAGAGUUAAGCACAAGUAACUGAGCAGCGUACAUACUUUAUGGGGAACAGCUUCUCACACUUUGUUUAAUAUCCUCAUUCAUUGUGACUCUAGGCUUCAAGUUGCAUUUGGGGUUUCCUCUGUACAGCAAGAUGUUUCUUGCCUUUUGUUAAUGCAUUGUUGUAAAGUAUUUGAUGUACAUUACAGAUAAAAAAACAAGUGCAUUGUGUAUAUUACACCAAUGCCACAGUGUUUCUUCAUCUAUGGUUCUAAAUAUUGCUUCAAUUUCAAAUUUUGAAAGAUGUAUGAAUUUCCAGUUUUUUGUUUUUCUUUUCCCCGGUGCGUUUUAACAAAAAAAAAAAAAGAAAAAAAAAGAAAAAGAAAAAAAAACAAACAAAAAGGAAUAUUUAGCAGUAUUGUUCGUUCUGAUAUGUGAAUUUGUUUGUGGCAACUAAAAAAAAAGGCAUUCAGCAGUUUCUGACAAUUAACAUUCAUCAUUCCACACUCCUUGUCAACAAAGUGCUUUUUCACUGCCUAAAAUUUUAGAUGUAGAUAUUUGAAAUAGAUUUUUUUCAUUUAUACCAGUUUUCUUUAUGAUGAUACAGUGUUAAAAGAAAAUAAAUUACAAUUGAUCUGUCAUCCAUAUUUGCUAAGAAUGUCUAUUUCCAAGAAUCUACCAUACAAAUAUACAUUCUUACUCGUGUGUGUCCACGUAUGCAUAGUAUUUGUGUGUGUGUA